AUGGAAGGCAAACAUGACCAACAACGUACCAAGACAUCCGUGGAAGUUAAAGGUGACACACAACGUACCAAGACAUCCGUGGAAGUCAAACCUGACACACAACGUACCAAGACAUCCAUGGAAGGCAAACAUGACCAACAACGUACCAAGACAUCCGUGGAAGUUAAAGGUGACACACAACGUACUCAGACAUUCGUGGAAGUCAAACAUGACACACAACGUACCAAGACAUCCGUGGAAGUCAAAGGUGACACACAACGUACCAAGACAUCCAUGGAAGGCAAACAUGACCAACAACGUACCAAGACAUCCGUGGAAGUUAAAGGUGACACACAACGUACUCAGACAUUCGUGGAAGUCAAACGUGACACACAACGUACCCAGACAUCCGUGGAAGUCAAACGUGACCAACAACGUACCCAGACAUCUGUGGAAGUCAAACGUGACACACAACGUACCAAGACAUCCGUGGAAGUCAAACGUGACACAAAACAUACCCAGACAUCCGUGGAAGUCAAACGUGACACACAACGUACCCAGACAUCCGUGGAAGUCAAACGUGACACAGAAUGUACCCAGACAUCCGUGGAAGUCAAACGUGACACAGAAUGUACCCAGACAUCCGUGGAAGUCAAACGUGACACACAACGUACCCAGACAUCCGUGGAACUCAACGGUGACACACAACGUACCCAGACAUCUGUGGAAGUCAAAGGUGACACACAACGUACCCAGACAUCCACGGAAAUCAAACCUGACACACAACGUACCCAGACAUCUGUGGAAGUCAAACGUGACACACAACGUACCCAGACAUCCACGGAAAUCAAACCUGACACACAACGUACCCAGACAUCCGUGGAAGUCAAACCUGACACACAACGUACCAAGACAUCCAUGGAAGGCAAACAUGACCAACAACGUACCAAGACAUCCGUGGAAGUUAAAGGUGACACACAACGUACCAAGACAUCCGUGGAAGUCAAACCUGACACACAACGUACCAAGACAUCCAUGGAAGGCAAACAUGACCAACAACGUACCAAGACAUCCGUGGAAGUUAAAGGUGACACACAACGUACUCAGACAUUCGUGGAAGUCAAACAUGACACACAACGUACCAAGACAUCCGUGGAAGUCAAAGGUGACACACAACGUACCAAGACAUCCAUGGAAGGCAAACAUGACCAACAACGUACCAAGACAUCCGUGGAAGUUAAAGGUGACACACAACGUACUCAGACAUUCGUGGAAGUCAAACGUGACACACAACGUACCCAGACAUCCGUGGAAGUCAAACGUGACCAACAACGUACCCAGACAUCUGUGGAAGUCAAACGUGACACACAACGUACCAAGACAUCCGUGGAAGUCAAACGUGACACAAAACAUACCCAGACAUCCGUGGAAGUCAAACGUGACACACAACGUACCCAGACAUCCGUGGAAGUCAAACGUGACACAGAAUGUACCCAGACAUCCGUGGAAGUCAAACGUGACACAGAAUGUACCCAGACAUCCGUGGAAGUCAAACGUGACACACAACGUACCCAGACAUCCGUGGAACUCAACGGUGACACACAACGUACCCAGACAUCUGUGGAAGUCAAAGGUGACACACAACGUACCCAGACAUCCGUGGAAGUCAAACAUGACACAAAACGUACCCAGACAUCCGUGGAAGUCAAACGUGACACACAACGUACCCAGACAUCCGUGGAAGUCAAAGGUGACACACAACGUACCAAGACAUCAAUGGAAGUCAAACGUGACCAACAACGUACCCAGACAUCUGUGGAAGUCAAAGGUGACACACAACGUACCCAGACAUCCGUGGAAGUCAAACAUGACACAAAACGUACCCAGACAUCCGUGGAAGUCAAACAUGACACACAACGUACCAAGACAUCUGUGGAAGUCAAAGGUGACACACAACGUACCCAGACAUCCGUGGAAGUCAAACGUGACCAACAACGUACCCAGACAUCUGUGGAAGUCAAAGGUGACACACAACGUACCCAGACAUCCUUGGAAGUCAAACAUGACACACAACGUACCAAGACAUCCGUGGAAGUCAAACGUGACACACAACGUACCAAGACAUCCAUGGAAGUCUAA